AUUUACUGAGCCUAAAUUCUAAUGCCAACGGUCCUGCAAACGGCCCUUUGAUUCUUUAGCUCCCCGGGCCUCCUUUUUAGGCUCCCCCCCACUAUCCUUUUUCCAUCCUUCUUUCUGCAACUUCCACCUUCUUUUUCCUGACCAUUUGGACCUUUUGCCUCAACGUGGACACAGAAUAUGCUCGGAGACAAAGCGAAAGCACCCUGAAAGAGAGGAGAAAGAAGAACGAAAAUGUCCAACAAAUCACCAAUAUUUCCGAUGCCAGAGCCUCAGCACUUCAGCGACUAUGGCUUUGACCCUCAAAUUGACUACUUUCAGGUAUUAGAAGAAGCAAGGAAGCACAAGCGAGAGGCAACAACAAGGUCGAUAGACUUCAUCCACUUCAAGCUCCAAAAACCCAUUUCCAAGGACGAGUCUAAGAAGAGCCACAAGACCAAGAAGAAGCGGUGGUGGAGAAGCGCUCUUCUUUUCUUCAAAUGGAAGUGGAUCCCACAACACCAUGGUCUUGGUCACGGUCGUGAUGGCGGCGAGGACAUUCAUCGCCCUAGAGCUCGAGCUUUUAGGGCCUCCAUCUCUGGCCCCGUUUACAUAACCGAGAGCAGAAGUGGGUCUACCACGCCUUACCGUUCUACAAGUGGUCGGCACUCCUCUGGUCCUCUCGCCGGAACGUUGACUCCAUCGAGGAAGGAUGACCUGGACAUACCUUAUUUGAGCCUCAGGGAGCUUAAUAUGGAGCAACAGCAAAGGGUCUCUACCUCCUCCAUGCCCAUAUAUCUGGUCACUUGAAAAAAACUCAGUGCUGAUUUCCAUUUUUUUUUUCAUUUGUUGUUCUGGGGAAUCAUAUCGAUACGCGUCUCUUUUCUUUUAAUCCAUUUUCUGUACUGUUCUCCAAAGUGGGUGUUAAUGGGGAUAACUUUUUAUCUCUUCGGGCUCGCCCCCAUUUGUCUUUGCGAGCUGAAAAACGUGUUUCAUCCAUUGGAGGAAGGGCUGGAUCCUCCCAUUUGUGUUUACCGUUUUUAAUUCUGCAACUAAUCAACUUGUGGUUUGACUA